AUGACUCCUUUUCCCCUUAGGCUGCGCGCACGAUCCGCUGGUCGGACGUGUACGUUAUUCAGUGCAUGGGUCCUAGCCACCACGUAUUCUCUCACACAAGUCCGUGGCGCCCCUGCCUCGACAUAUCACAUCUUGUACGCGCAUCAUCAUCCUCGUAGGGCAGUGAUAUCGUCGACUCCCAAAGAUUCGGACAAACCUGAAAGUGAGCCAAGUGUUUUUUCGCCGAAGAAUUCGUUUUUCCCUGUGAUCAUCGUGGCUCUCAUUAGCGUCGGCUUGACGGCGCUGGGUUUGCUCGUGUUUAUCCUGCACCAAACGCGCCGUAAACUCGCCAAUAAAGGUACCUGCGACGAGGCUGACUCCUCUACGAUGGAAAAGUUUGACCAUAUUCACCCAAUUGAUCUAUCGAAGCCGGCCAAAGUACAUCCUAUCAUGUCCAGCGUCUCGCGCGGCACGCCCAUGCGCUUCAGUCCCAACUUCGACUCGACAAAGUACGCGUUCCUGGACAUGAACGAUGAAAGUUUUGUGCACCGUGGCGGCAGCGAAAAGGCCCACAGUCUGAUCCUCGACUCAGACUCAGCCUUUUCUAUGGACAUUAAGGACACGAGCGACGGGCACAGUUUGCGCCAAAGCGACCUAUGUAGACCAUGUGUCACGCAUGGCUCGCCUGGAUGGAAUAUUCAGGCCUGCGAAGAAUCCCACGACGAGGUUCCAGCCACGUCUCGCCCUGACGCUUCCUAG